GGUUUCUUCAAUAGUACAAAUAGAUAUCAGCGAUUAAAAGUACACUCAGCGUAGAAGAAAAUCGAUUUCAAAGUGAUUACUACUGCUUUUUUUUAGUGUAAACUACGAAACAUGGAAAAUCUUCAGAAAUGUGUGAAAUUGGGUAAGGUUAGGUUUUUUUCGGAUCAACAUUUUUUUAAACAGAAACCUGUGUAAUGUUGAUUUCUCAAGUACUAGAAUGUAUAGCGAUCGAGUACUAUUUAUUUUGGAUACUUUAUUUGUUAUAUCCAGGCAUUUGAAAAAUGGUAUCAAACCAAGUUUAAUGCUCUAUUCUGAAUAAACGGUAGAUUUCGCACAAUGAACUAGGAUCAACAUUACCACCUGAGAGUAAAAACUUUUUCUUCAACUUUUACUGUUUUUUUAAAUGAAUUUGCCCGUUUUCAAAAGAAAUCGUUGAAAAGGUGUAGUAAUUAGAAAUUUUCCUACCGAUUUGACAGCUCUUGCUGAAAGUAUCAUCUCUAAACAAGCAGCGCCUCUACAUUUUAGUUUUGCGACAAUAUGCCAGUAUGGUACAGAUAUAGAUUUUUGCGCCGAAUACCGAUUUUUGAAAAAAAAUGACCUGGCAACGCUGAUUUCGUGUACAUGUACAACGAAACGAGUACGGAUUGCUUUGAGGUACAAAUUUAAUUUUGUUGAAAAUUGCCUGCCACUUUGUAAUUCGUAUGUGCUGGAGUGAAAGAAAUUGCUUAACCAAGCGAAGAUUGUUCUACCGCAAAAGCAGAUAUACGUACCCGUAAGUGAACUUGCUGGGUGAUUUCUGUUGCCUGCCGUGUUUCGCUGUUUAAUUGCUGACUGUUCCGUUACGAUCGGGGAAAUUCAAAUAACACAUCGAGUCGUCUCAGCACAGUUCAGCUCGUGUGCCCCAUAAUUGACCCGAAAAUGCUAGGGGGUUUCUACGAAUUAGGAGCUGCAGGAUUAGCUCCUAAUUUGAUGCGUAUGUACGGUGCUGCAGGAUUAUCACCUAAUGUAGCGUUCUUCCGUGGCUCAACCCUUGGUGAUCAAAUAAGAGGAUUGCCUAUACAGAAAUGUUUUACGAUGACACCUAACUACAUCUACCGAUUGUCCGAACACGCUGUUUGUGCGUUAACAAACUGUUACGUAACCAACGUGUUGCCAGCAGAUUUCAGGCCUCGGGCCGUAGAGUUGAGGGCACUGAAAAUGGCUGCAUAUACCUUACGUUGGCUUCAUCAGGAACCAGAAAAUGAACCAGUGUCUGCUGCAGUGUACCAUAAUGUGAAUGAAGUUCUAUCGCGGGCACCACCACUGAUUGCUGUGUAUCAAGCAGCCAACUUAGCCUGGAAUCAGAGAUAUCAUGCGAUUCGUCCUAUGGUCAAUGCUCGGCAACCAAUGCGUCACUCGUAUCACGCUGCUAUGUUGCACUAUGCAUGUCCAGAAAUGUAUAAAGAAACUACAACAGAACGAUUACAGAUAGAUUGUGACUUCACAGACCCUCAUGACCUUGUGGUUUUUCCGGAUUAUGAUCUUCAACCACUAAAUGACGAAGCAUACGCUGAACGUUGGAGGAUUUUACCAUUUGAAAUGAAACUUCGAUUUUUUGAAUUUUUAGCUGCAUUUGCUACUAACAUCUGUUUACGGGAUAUGUACGAAGCCUUUGUUGCUGUACUCAUCGCUAUUUGCAAAGAAGGAACAGUUGAUGAAUUCAAGCUUCAUUCACUUCUAACAAAUAAAUUGGAUUAUUCUUCUAUAGCACUACAACCAAGAGUAAUCAAUUCUGAAUUGAUCGAAAUUUUAUGGACUCAAUUCAUUCAUAACCGACGUAUCACAGCAUUCCAACAAUAUAAUCUGUUCAUGGCUGUCUAUCACCAUUCUCGUUUUUACUUUGGUGAACCAAUUGUCAGGAUGGUGGAACAAAUGUCACUCGUGCAUGCGACCCCUGUAUUCAUCAUCGCAUCUGCUGGUGCCGAGUUACACGUAAAGUUAAUGUACUUUCUACAAUGCGACGUCACUCCUAACGAUGUUACCCAGUUUGCUCGUGCCUGUUGUUACCAAUUGCGAAACAAAUUGGCAGCUAUCAUAAAUCCUCCUGUAGCUGCAUCAGAGUUUGGAGAGUUACUAGAACUAGCCAAAGCUAUAGUCGAGCACCGUAGUAUGACGGAUUAUCAGAGAAGAGCUGUUAGAGGAUGGACAGGUGCCGAUAUUCGGCGGUCUGCUAUCGCUCAAGCGAUUUUACGUGCACAAACCCGAAUGGCAACAGUAAUGACUUCAUCAGAAGUACAAAUUAGACGGAAUUAUGGCUUGAAUGUAGAAAUGGUUGCACCAGAUCGGUAUGUGGUUGUAGCUUCCGGAGAUAAAGCCAAUGCACCACAAGCUAUACAACGGGGCCGAUCACCGGAAGAAAUCUUAGACUCGAUGCCUGCAUUACCUAUUGAUACAGCAUUCGCUACGCUUUGUUCAGCAAUUAUAGCUACCAAGAGGCAAACUCAAUGGCCAGUUCAAGAACUGGGAAAACCAUAUCCAUCACCCAAUCGUCCAUUGCCCCGAGCCAUUGUUGAAGCUGCACGAGUUUUAGGCUUUGAAUGGGUCGAACCGGUUGACGAUUAUGUUCCUCCUGCUAUUCCAGCUUUGCCUCCGUGGGAUGUCGGAUGUUUAGGUCACUUACCGAUCCCGAGAACAGGAAUUUUUGCAAAUGACCCUUGUGGCCCUGAAGAUGCUGAUCGGCGAGAUCGACCCUUCCGAGACAAUCCAAAUGCUGUUGAAGAAGCAUAUUUGAGAGGCCAACCACCGCGUGAUCCAGAUAAUCGUCGACCACCACGACCUCAAGGAAGUGCUCCUGAAGAACAGAUGGACAAACCUCGUUCUCCAGAUGAACUCCCACCAGCACCUUUUGCAUCAGGAAGUGGAUUAGUGCAACCACUUUUGGACAUUCCACAUGCACAAGAAAGCAAACCGAGGAAGAAGAAGGGAACUACCGCUCCGAUUAGAGCUUAACCUGAAAUAAUAAAUAAUAUUGACUUAUUCAUGUAUUAUUAAUAAGCAUUUGAAUAUCAUUAUCUAAUACAAUGAAACUGGAUUGUAGGUUGUAAGAACUUUCUUAAAAUCAAUGACCGAUAAUACACUGUACACUUGUUAUUUGAAUUUAAUAAAUGUUUAAUUCUAGUAUUUUGACUCUUGUUACUAAAUUUAAUAAAUAAAACCAAACAAAAUUUAUGGUGGCGCUUACCCUACGUUGUGUUUUUUGAUUUUCCCCGAACGGGCAGACUUAGUAAUUAGUUUCGUAAGGCUCAAUUUGCUCGUGGAUGGCUCAUCUGAUUUUGGGUAAACUUGUGUUCAUUUAAAAGCUAUGAUGUGGUCACAUGUCAUGUUAGAAAAAAAAAUCGGAAAAAUAAGCGACGU